AUGGGUCACCAGCAGCCCUACUGGAGCCACCUGCAAAAAUCUGGCCAGGGUUCCCACUCUUGCCGCAUCUGCACAAAUCCACAAGGUCUGAACCGGAAAUAUGGGUUCAAAGUGUGCCGCCAGUGUUCCCAUCAGUAUGUGAAGGAUAUCAACUUUGUUAAAUUGGACUAA